UGGAAGGGGGGGAAAGUGUCCGGACUGGAAAGGGGGGGGGGAAAGUGUCCGGACUGGAAGGGGGGAAAGUGUCCGGACUGGAAGGGGGUGAAAGUGUCCGGACUGGAAGGGGGUGAAAGUGUCCGGACUGGAAGGGGGUGAAAGUGUCCGGACUGGAAGGGGUGGGAAUGUGUCCGGACUGGAAGGGGGGGAAAAGUGUCCGGACUGGAAAGGGGGGGAAAGUGUCCGGACUGGAAGGGGGGGAAAGUGUCCGGACUGGAAGGGGGGGAAAGCGUCCGGACUGGAAGGGGGGGAAAACGUCCGGACUGGAAGGGGGGGAAAGUGUCUGGACUGGAAGGGGGGGAAAGUGUCCGGACUGGAAGGGGGGGGAA